AUGGCGCAAUCAACCGCACAGCGCCGCCUCCUGCAGGAAUACCGCGCGCUCACAAACAACCCACCAGAAGGCAUCACCGCUGGUCCCGUCUCCGAAGACGACAUCCUCCACUGGGAAUGCCUGAUUCAGGGUCCCGAAGACACGCCCUUUGAGGGCGGUGUCUUCCCCGCUGAGCUCAAGUUCCCCAAGGACUAUCCGCUCGCGCCGCCUUCCAUGAAGUUCCUGGUGGACCUAUGGCAUCCGAAUGUGUACCCCAGUGGCCUCGUAUGCAUCUCCAUCCUCCACCCGCCCGGCGACGACCCGAAUCACUACGAGCUCGCCGCCGAGUGCUGGUCGCCAAUCCAGUCCGUCGAGAAGAUCCUCAUCAGCGUCAUGAGCAUGCUCGCCGAGCCCAACGACGAGAGCCCCGCCAACGUAGAGGCGGCCAAGAUGUGGCGCGACCACCGGGACGAGUACGAACGGAAAGUGCGCGACAGCGUGCUCAAGAUGCUUGGGUUGUGA